CUCCCAUCGUCGGAUAUACCCUUAUUCUCGACAAUCGCAAGCUACAGGGAUUGGCGCAGGAAGGCUUACGACGAAAAGAAAUCAGUCGGAUUCGUGGCGACGAUGGGGGCACUGCACGAGGGACACACGUCACUAGUGCGCAAGUCUUUGGCCGAGAACGACCUCACAGUCGUCUCGAUCUUCGUGAACCCCGCACAGUUC